AUCGGUACGUCAGACCUGUUCUACUGUGUUCGGUAUGGGUUAGUACUGGCAAUCUUUGUAAUGACUGCUCCCGUUCGAUGUCCAUCGUGGUGCUACUGCAGGUGUGCUUUGCGAAGGGCACCCUUGGAACUCAGCCACGCGGCUUAACUCACUACGCCGCAAUCUAUAUAUGCAAUUGCUACAACACAACAGACUGCGCUCGGUCGUACAUCAGCCGAAAUAUCGUACAUCUUCAUGAAAAUCAGUAUGUAAGACAACAUAUGACGUUACUACCCCUCGCCCAGAAAUGCCAUGGAAGACCUAAUGCAGAACCGGCAGGUCAAGACUACCACGACUUGGGGAAAUACCCCAGUUGUAUCUUAUCCACGAUUAAGCGGGCUCUUGGGCAACAUCACCCAUGUCACAGUGCGCACGUUGAGCCGCCAAUACUCAUGGUCAUGGCUUGGGAAGACAUGCUUUGUGCUUAUCAUGGUACCAACAGACGGGCGGUACGCCAAGUUGUUGGACAUGCAAAAAGUAUAAAGAACCCGCACUCUACGCAGCUCAAGUACCUCACGCUUUUCAGUUGACCACUUCCUCAGUGGAUCAUCAUCAUGAAGUUCGUACUCAGUCUUGCUUGGCUAUCACUCGCUACGUGUGCCACGAUCCGUAGCCCCCAACCCGUCUCAUAUGAUGGCUACCAGGUCCACCGCCUCCAGUCUACUGGGUCUCAGUAUGCGUCAGCAAAGCGGGCGCUUGCUUCCAUUCCUCACGAGACCUUGAACGAAGUUCGUGGAACUUGGGAUGUUCUCAUUGCACCCGAGCAAUUGGACGCCUUCAAUGCACUGGGGCUCAAAUCUCGAACUCUGCACGAGAACCUAGCCGAUUCUAUUGCCCGAGAGUCUUAUGUCAAGAAGGCCUGGAAGAGGCAAUCGAAUGGGUCCGAAGAUGCGUGGUUUGAUAGCUACCAUCCAUAUGAAGACGUGGGUG